AUGUCCAAACAACCACUAAAGCAACGUAAAGUACUUGUCACAGGAUCAGCAGGAAAUAUUGGAAAAUAUUUUGCUUUAAAUCAUGACAAAUCAAAAUAUAAAUUGCGAUUGAUGGUACAUUCAGGAAUUGAGGACAAGAAAGUUGAUCCAAUACGAAACUGUGGAGAAAUUGUAGAAGGUACCCUAGAUAAUUUGGAUCGAUUAAAAGAAUUGUGUAAAGGUAUUGAUACUGUAGUGCACAUGGCUGGAGAAGCUGAUCCAUCCGCUACGUGGGAGAGCAUUAGAGAUGCAAAUAUCAAUGGAACAUAUAAUAUCUUUGUGGCAGCCAAAGCAGCGGGAGUUAAAAGAGUGAUAUAUGCAAGUUCUAUUCAUGCUGUUUCGGGAUAUCCAAAAGAUAUUCAGGUAAAGGUAAAUGAACCUGUUAAUCCUGGUGAUAUUUAUGGUGUUAGUAAAUGUUUUGGAGAAGCUCUGGCACGUUACAUGGGUGAAAAAGAAGGUUUAUCAUCGAUAGCUAUUCGUAUCGGUGCAUUUCAACCACAUGAAAGUGCACAGAAUGUCGACUCCAUAUCAAUGAUGGAUGCUUGGAUUUCUGAACGUGAUUGCGAACAUUUAAUAGAAUGUUGUAUUGAUGCUCCUGACGAUUUGAAAUUUCUCAUUGUUCAUGGAUUAUCGCGUAAUGUUUUUAACCGUUUAGAUAUUAGUGAUGCAAAAAAUCGUAUUGGAUAUGAACCAAAAGAUAACUUUUUUGAUGUACAUCCACAUUUAAAAAACUUGAAAUUAGAUGAAAAAUUGGCGGGUCAUAAUGUUCAUGAUGAUGGACAACAAUCUGGUUUGCGAGAACAAAUCGGAAAAACAUAA